CCCACCAUCUCCCCAAUUAUCUCAGGGAUUCUCAACUCCUCCCUCAACUUUUCCACUGUUCUACCAUCACUGAAACUGGCUGCUGUAACCCCCAUCAUCAAGAAACCUGUUGUCACCUCACAAAUCAAAGCCCAUCUCAUCAAUAAUGACCUCUACGAACAAUUUCAAUCCGGAUUCCGUACCCACCACAGCACUGAAACUGCCCUCCUCAAAGUAACAAAUGACCUUCUCCUCUCCUCAGACUCCGGCCUACUCUCCAUCCUCAUCCUCCUGGACCUCACUGCUGCCUUUGAUACCAUUAACUACUCCAUCUUACUCUACCGCCUCACCUGGCUCCAAUCAUAUCUUACUGAAAGGAAGCAAUUCAUCUUCAAUAACUGCUUCUCCUCGACUGUCCCCCUGUCCCAAGGUGUCCCCCAGGGUUCGGUGCUUGGUCCUCUCCUCUUCAUCCUCUACCUCCUCCUCCUUGGUCAGAUCAUCCGUUGUCAUGGCCUCUGUUUCCACCGUUACACUGACAACAUCCAGCUCUACAUCUCCACCAAAUCCAUCACCUCUCAGACCCACUCCACCCUAUCAAGCCAUGUAUUUUAGCAAAUGUUCUGUCUUCCGAAUUUUCCCUUGAACCUGGUCUUAUUGCCUGGAUUGUUGAUUUUCUCAGUGGUAGAAUCCAGCAGGUCAGAGCAGGAGUAUCACUCUCUGAUAAAAUUACCACUUUUAGUAGUGCGCAUGCGCCACAGUGUAUGCAGCCUGUUCCAGUCGCUCCUGCUUACUUUAACUUUGUUUUCUACUUUUUUCCUCUCUUCUUUAUCUUACUUGUUCUGUUUUUACUUUAGUUAUUUAUUAAGCUACGUCCUCUCUAAGCAUGCUUGUGUGGAGAGUUUUUGUUGUUUUGCUUGUGGUGGAAUCGCUCCUUUUACUCUGCCACUCGACCGUCGCUCAGCAACACCGCAUUGUUUACUCCAGGGAUCAGCUGAUGGAGCUGAAGCCGGCCGGCUUGGCUACGGUGAGGGAGGAUAUACCUGCUGAACUUUGGAGGAAAACACACCGGGGUUGCAGAGGGAAAAGAUCGCUACGGCGGCGGAAAGGAGCGAAACACCGGAGACUUAUGGAGAGGAAGACAUUCAAGCCGUGUCUCCCAUCUAUCAUCAUGGGCAACGUGAGAUCACUGGGGAAUAAGAUGGACGAGCUUACAGCGCUAACCCGGAGUCAUCAGGAAUACCGGGAGUGUAGCCUGAUGAUUUUCUCGGAGUCAUGGCUACACACGGAUGUUCCUGACCACAAUGUUUCCACCGUGGGUUUCCACACUGUCCGGGCUGACAGGGACUGCACUAAGAGCGGUAAGCGUAAAGGAGGUGGGCUUGCUGUUUACGUGAACAACAGGUGGUGCAAUCCUGGUCACAUCACAGUCAAAGACCGCAUCUGCAGCCCGGAUAUUGAACUGUUAGCUGUGGGCCUCCGUCCUUACUAUUUACCCCGUGAAUUCUCACAUGCUAUUGUAGUGGCACUGCAGGGCUGUUUUGAGGUGACUGACUGGAAUGUACUCUGUGAGCCACAUGGAGAGGACAUUGAUGGGCUUACUGAGUGCAUUACAGACUACAUUAAUUUCUGUGUGGACGGCAUUGUCCCAGCAAGGACUGUGCGGUGUUACCCAAAUAACAAGCCUUGGGUAACAAAGGACAUCAAAGCCAUACUCAACCUGAAGAAGAGGGCUUUCAGAGGUGGCAACAGGGAGGAGCUGAGGGACAUUCAGAGGGAGCUGAGUGCAAAGAUCAAUGAGGCUAAGGACGGCUACAGGAGGAAGCUGGAGAGGAAACUCCAGCUGAAUAACAUGAGCGAGGUCUGGAGUGGUAUGAGGACCAUCACCGGUUACAGACCAACUAGCAGUGGAGCUGAUGGUAGUGUGGCUAGGGCCAAUGAGUUAAAUCUGUUCUUCAAUAGGUUUGACACUGCUGCCCUGGCCCCUGUUGGCUCUCCUGCUGACUGUCUCCAGCCACCACCACUUCUGACCCCCCCUCCUCCUCCUGAUAGCACCUCAUCCAACUUGGUGAGCCCCUCACACCCAUCCCCCACUCCUCACACCUCCUCUGGCUCCCAUGCUACCUGCCCUCCUCUCACUUUGGACUCCAACUCUCCCCCUCCUCAACCUGCACUCUUUACACCUCUACAUGUUAGGAGACAGCUGAGCAAACUCCCCGCCGGUAAGGCUGCAGGCCCUGAUGGUGUCAGCCCACGGGUUCUCAGAGCCUGCGCCGAACAGCUCUGUGGAGUGCUUCAUCGUGUCUUCAAAAUGAGCCUGAGCCUCCAGAGGGUCCCUGUGAUAUGGAAGACGUCCUGCCUCGUUCCAGUGCCAAAGAUGCCGCAACCCAGCGGUCUCUCGGACUACCGACCGGUGGCACUGACGUCACAUAUCAUGAAGACCCUGGAGAGACUUGUCCUGGAGCAGCUCAGGCCUAUGGUCAGGCCGCACCUGGAUCCCCUCCAGUUCGCCUACCAGCCCCGGAUUGGAGUUGAGGAUGCCCUCAUUUACCUGCUGAACCGCAUCUACGCCCACCUGGACAAGCCGGGGAGCACUGUGAGGGUCACGUUCUUUGACUUCUCCAGUGCUUUCAAUACCAUCAGGCCUGCUCUACUGGGUGACAAGCUGACGGCGAUGCUGGUGAAUCCCCCCCUUGUGUCCUGGAUUGUGGAUUACCUCACUGGCCGACCACAGUACGUGCGCUUGCGGCACUGUGUGUCAGACACAGUGGUCAGCAAUACCGGGGCUCCACAAGGUACUGUCCUCUCUCCUUUCCUCUUCACCCUUUACACCACGGACUUCAGCUACCAGACAGAGUCUUGUCAUCUUCAGAAGUUUUCUGAUGACUCUGCUAUAGUUGGAUGUAUCAGCAAGGGUGAGGAGGCUGAAUACAGGGCUGUGGUGAAUAACUUUGUCUCAUGGUGUGAGCUGAACCACCUGCAGCUCAACACAACAAAGACAAAAGAGCUGGUGGUGGAUCUGAGGAGAACGAGGACACCAGUGACCCCAGUUUCCAUCCUGGGGCAUAACGUGGACAUUGUAGAACACUACAAGUACCUGGGUGUGUUCAUAGACAAUAAACUGGACUGGACUAAGAACACUGAAGUCCUUUACAAGAAGGGACAGAGCCGCCUCUAUUUUCUGAGGAGGCUCCGCUCCUUUAACAUCUGCCGGACUAUGCUGAGGAUGUUUUAUGAGUCUGUGGUGGCCAGUGCUAUUCUGUUUGCUGUGGUGUGCUGGGGCAGCAGACUGAGAGUAGCCGAUGCCAACAGACUCAACAAGCUGAUCAGAAAGGCCAGUGACGUUGUGGGGGUGGAGCUGGACCCUUUGACAGCAGUGUCAGACAGGAGGAUGCUGUCAAAGGUGCGGGCGAUACUUCAGCAUGGCUCUCACCCUCUCCACAACGCUCUGGUCGAACAGAGGAGCACCUUCAGCCAGAGACUGAUUGCUCCUAAAUGCACCACUGAGCGCCACAGGAAGUCAUUCUUACCUGUGGCCAUUAAACUGUACAACUCCUCCCUCUGAUGAUCGGACUCAUUUGGCUAUUUAUAAAACAAAUCACACAAUAUAAUUACUCAUUCUUAUUUCAUUUAUAAUGCUACAACCAUUUCAUUGUAUAUUGUAUAUAUUUCAGAUUGUCUACUUUACUGUUUUUAUUAUUUAUUUUACUUUAUUGUCUACUGUAAUAUUUUAUUUAUGUUAAUGUCUACUUUAAUAUUCUAUUUUAUUCUAUUUUAUUCUAAUGUCUACUUUAAUAUUUUAUUUUAUUUUAUUUUAAUGUCUACUUUAAUAUUUUAUUUUAUUUAUUUCAUUGUCUAUUUUAGUAUCUUAUUUAUAUCUCCAUCUUUAUCUCUUGUUUCCAUUCAUGCUGUAUUUCUAUUUCUACUUUGCACGGAGCAUUGGAACAAAAACAAUUUCCCCCCGGGGAUUAAUAAAGUAUUCUGAAUCUGAAUCUGAAUCUGAAUUUUACCGGCUCCCCUCAGGGAUGUGUUUUAUCUCCUCUUUUAUUUAUUUUGUACUCAA